CUUGACGCUGGUGAAGGCAGCGUGCCGGGUUUAGUUGGCGGCUCCCCUCGCGGUUCAACCAUGUCUGUACUCCAGGUCACGCGCAGGUCACGCGUGUGCGUUGUUCUGCGGUCUUUAAACCCCACGCCGGCUACAGCCGCGCGAGACGGACGCCCGGAUGAGCCGUGCUGCUACAGGCGGCUGUCCGUGACCUGCCGCAGGCUGCUGAGCCGUCCGGACGGCGCGUCGCCUCUGAAAGUCACCUGUCAGAUGCAGCCCAUGUUCCUGUCCAGCCGCUGUCUCGCCACCGUCCCGCCGAAGCUCGCUGAAGAGGGGAAGCUCAUCUACACCGGCAGCCUCGGUAAAAUGAUUCGUGGGGUGAAGUUUUUCUCCUACACCAGCAGUGGCAUGAGCCUGUGCAUGAUGCCCCACAUCCUGAAGGCAGGCCUGGGUGUUCAGAGCUUAGCCGUACAUGCAGCUUUCUUCAGCGUCAUUGGCGUAUUCACCUUCAUCACCCCCGUCUUGCUCCACCUGGUCACCAGGGGCUACGUCGUCCGCCUCUACCACAACGCAGACACCGACGCCUACACCGCCGUUACGUACAGCUUUUUGCUGAUGGAGAAGAAGACCGUGUUCCACCAGACGCAGGUGAGGAUCCCCGGCGUGAGCAAGAUGUUCACCACUUUCUACGCUGACAAGAUGGGGCUGCUGGUCAACCCAGACCUGUUCCACAUUCCGCAGGACUACAACCACCUCAUGGGCUACGACCGCCCUUUCACGUUCGACAUGGACGACCUCGAGGGACCAGACAAAAGCUGAAGAAGGGCGCUGACCCAGAGUCCUUGUUUGUGUCAGUUAGGUUUGGUUCAUCCAUCCGUCUCGUGUCUUCCUAUUGAAACAGUUGUGAUUUUAAGUCAAAGUAAAGGAGGGAACGGUGUCAGAACAUGAAGUGACCCUGUGAGCCGCAGUAAAACAACAAGUAAGAGAUGACUCCUCCAGGGUGGAGCCUCCAUCCUGGCUGAGUAAAUGUAGUUUGUUUUUUUUUUCUGUCUGCUUUCUUUUACUGCACAUGUAGCUGUGGCAGGUCACCGUGUAAAGAAAACAACUGUAAGAAUUAAUAAAAAAGCCGGGGGCAGUCCACCAGCUCCCAUCUGGUUCCAGCAUAAAGACUAAAUUCACAUGUUUUGAACACGUUUUACAGUGUUUUAUUUUAGCAAAAUUAAAGUCUUGUACUUGGUAGGUUUUGUGACUUCUCCAUGCCCAAAAAUACCUACAAAAGCUCUUGAGAUGUGUUAUUUUCCUUCAGUUUUAAUAAUAUAAAUUUUAACUUUGAGAAUUCCUUAAAAAAUAUGUUUUUAUGCUUGAACUUAACUAUGCAUGAGCUUGAACGCCAAGGCAAGAUGACGUGACGGAACUGGUUUACAGUUCACAACCACACCAGAA